ACAUGGCUCCAGAGGUAUGGCUACCUUCCCCCUACAGACCCCAGAAUGUCGGUCCUGCGGACGGCCCAGACCAUGCAGUCUGCUAUCGCUGCCAUGCAGCGUCUCUAUGGCCUCAACAUCACAGGAUCGCUGGACAGGAACACUAUAGAGUGAGUCUCACCGCUUUGCAUGUUGUAGGGGAUCGGUUUGAGAAAGAAGAUGCACAUAAUUAUUCAUCUUGAUCACAUAAUGAGUAGUUAUUUGGGAUGCAAGGUGCUUUGUAAAUCAUUCAUUCUGUGCAGUCCAACUUCAUUGUAGGUUGACGAACAUCCCUAAACAUCCAAUAAACAGUUACAGACAGACAGACCUUUAUAAACAUACCUGUAAUGCUGUCCUGAUUCUCUGCUUGACAUUCCGGAACAGAAGAGAACAGACGAGAGUGUUUCCCAGACACAGAGUUAGCAUCACACGGGUUAAGUGUCCCGUUUUAAUGUGAUCAAAGGGCUAUUUUACAGCAGACACACCUACACCAGCAGAUCAAAGUCAGGGUAAAUGCCACGGUAUUACUCUGAACCUAGAAGCCUAGAAAAGGGAAUGACAGCUUCAGUCUUCCUGUCUUCCUUUCUGUCUCUCUGCUGCUCAUUGAACCAAUCAACAUGUGUAAGAGACCCUAUGGCUUUAUCCCAAAUGGCACCCUAUUUCCUAUAUAGUGCACUACUUUUCUCCAGGGCUCAUAGGGCUCUGAUUAAAAGUAGUGGACUAUAUAGGGAAUAGGGUGCCAUUUAGGAUGCAUGAUUAAAAGUAGUGCACUAUAUAGGGAAUAGGGUGCUAUUUGGGAUGCACACAAGGAGUCUAAGAAGGUGCAGUUUGGUUUACAUUUACAUUUACAUUUGAGUCAUUUAGCAGACGCUCUUAUCCAGGUUGUGUUAAAAGGAUUAGACAAACAAGUACCUUUUUUGCUGCUGAGAUCAAUGUUAUGAUGUGUGUAUCAAAUCAGUUACAAUAAUGUGGUGGAAUAUGUGAUGACUAAAUUGCAUUCUAAAGUAUCAUUUUCUGUUUCUUUGUGCUCCGUAUAAUGAUGUUAGCGAUAACACAGUAAGGUGAGGCAUAUCUCUUAUUAUGUGUCUAUUUCUUUGCAGAUUAGUGUGUGUCCACAAGCGUGUUUGUGUGUGUGUGUAUUGGAAGUAAUGACAGGAUUGCAUUACAUAGUUUGUUCAGCCAAGCACUCUGUUCUUCCUAGCUGGAUGAAGAAGCCUCGAUGUGGUGUACCAGACCAGCUAGGAGGGGCGUCCAAAUUCAGUGUCCGGAAAAAGCGGUACGCCCUAACGGGGCAGAAGUGGCAGCAUAAGCAUAUCACAUACAGGUGAGUUGAUUGGUUGCUUGGUUGGUUGGUUGCUUGGUGAUUGGUUGGUUGGUGUGCUGGUUGGUGAUUGGUUGGUUGGUUUGUGAUUGGUUGGUUGGUUGGUGAUUGGUUGGUUGGUCUGUGAUUGGUUGGUUGGUUGGUAGCAUAAGCAUAUCGCAUACAGGUGAGUUGAUUGAUGGGUUGGUUAGAUGGUUGGUUGGUGAUUGGUUGAUUAGUGAUUGAUUUUUGGUUAAAACAAUUCAUACAGUACUUUAAAACGUGGGCUUUACUAUAUGGGGCUGACGUGUGCCUGAGGAUGUGUCUAGGUUUCAUGUUGUUCAUGCGUCUAGAUAAGAAUGUCUUACUAGGUGAAGACAUGUGGCAACCUCUCAGCUAGGCUAUAUCUGAACGGUCCUGUGUGGCUCAGUUGGUAAGAGCACGACACUAACAACACUAAGGUCGUUGGGUUCAAUACCCGCAGGGAUCACAUACUACAAAGGGAUUCACUCUAUUUACUGUAAGUCGCUUUGGAUAAAAAGCUACAGUUAAGUUGCAUAUACUGUAUUAUAUUGGUCGUUGUCUGAUGAAACCCUCCAAAACAGAAACUUUUCAGGGACUUUUUUAAACUGCCAUAUUUUCCCAUUAACGAACAUACAAUUACGAAACAUCAGAAGCUAUUUCGAAUAUAUUCUCUUGGUCCUAGAGUACUCAUACAGUACAUUGAGUACAUUGCUUUCAAAACAUGUACAAAAAUAAAUACAUUUGAGUUAUAUUUUUCAGCAGACAGCAACGAUACACUAUAUUAUAUUGUACAGUAAGGAAAUUAUUCAGACCCCUAGACUUUUUCCACAUUUUGUUACGUUACAGCCUUAUUAUAAAAUUGAUUAAAUUAAAAACAUACCUCAUCAAUCUACAAUCAAUACCCCAUAAUGACAAAGCAAAAACAGGUUUUUAGAAAUGUUUGCACACUUAUAAAAAAACAAACAGAAAUACCUUAUUUACAUAAAUAUUCAGACCCUUUGCUAUGAGACUCGAAAUUGAGAACACAGUGGCCUCUAUCAUUCUUAAAAGGAAGAAGUUUGGAUCCAUCAAGACUCUUCCUAGAGCUGGCCGCCUGGCCAAACUGAGCAAUCGGGGAGAAGGGCCUUGGUCAGGGAGGUGACCAAGAACCCGUUGGUCACUCUGACAGAGCUCCAGAGUUCCUCUGUGGAAAUGGGAGAACCUUCCAGAAGGACAACCAUCUUUGCAGCACUCCACCAAUCAGGCCUGUAUGGUAGAGUGGCCAGACGGAAGCCACUCCUCAGUAAAAGGCACAUGACAGCCCGCUUGGAGUUUGCCAAAAGGCACCAAAAUCACUCAGACCAUGAGAAACAAGAUUCUCUGAUCUGAUGAAACCAAGAUUGAACUCUUUGGCCUGAAUGCCAAGCGUCACGUCUGGAGGAAACCUGGCACCAUCCCUACGGUGAAGCAUGGUGGUGGCAGCAUCAUGCUGUGGGGAUGUUUUUCAGCGUCAGGGACUGGGAGACUAGUCAGGAUCGAGUGGAAGAUGAACGGCGCAAGGUACAGAGAGAUCCUUGACGGAAACCUGCUCCAGAGCUCUCAGGACUUCAGACUGGGGCGAAGGUUCACCUUCCAACAGGACAACAACCCUGAGCACACAGCCAAGACAACGCAUUAGUGGCUUUGGGACAAGUCUCUGAAUGUCCUUGAGUGGCCCAGCCAGAGCCCAGACUUGAACCCGAUCGAACAUCUCUGGAGAGACCUGAAAAUAGCUGUGCAGCGACGCUCCCCAUCCAAGCUGACAGAGUUUGAGAGGAUCUGCAGAGAAGAAUGGGAGAAACUCCCCAAAUACAGGUGUGCCAAGCUUGUAGCGUCAUACCCAAGAAGACUCAAGGCUGUAAUUGCUGCCAAAGGUUCUUCAACAAAGUACUGAGUUAAAGGUCUGAAUACUUAUGUAAAUGUAAUAUUUCAGUUUAUUUUAUUUUAUACAUUUGCAAAAAUUUCUACAAACCUGUUUUUUCUUUUUCAUUAUUUGGUUUUUGCUUGUCAUUAUGGGGUAUUGUGUGUAGAUUGAUGAGGGGGAAAAAACGAUUUCAUCAAUUUUAGAACAAGGCUGUAACGUAACAAACUGUGGAAAAAGUCAAGGGGUCUGAAUACUUUCCGAAUGCACUGUAGAUAAAGAAAAAUAACCCCAGAAGCACAGUUUAGUUUUCCCCUAGCUACUAGCUAUACAUCUCCUGCCUUAACAAGUCCUAUACUGAAACCUGGCUAGACCAGAGGUAGAAUACCCUCUCGUGUCCUCUCUACAAACUUAACUAGCAGCCUUACUCAACUCAUUAGAUAUCACAAUCCUCCCGCUCUCUUUUUAUACAACAGUCUGACUUGCAUCCAGCCUUGCAGACAGACAGACAGACAGACAGAAUGACAGACAGACAGACAGACACACACACACAUUAGAAGGACAGCUACCAUGUCAUUCUUCUUUAAUCUGAACAUUGAAGCCACUCCUCGCGAUCCUCUUCUUCUGCUCCUUUUUUCACGCUCCUUUUAUCUCUCUCUAUCUCAUUCUUUCAACAAUCUAUUUUCAGGCGUAAUCUAACCAUGUACAUGGUCGGUAGUUGUAGAGUUUAGUAAAGACCAUAUGCCACGUUGUUAUGUUAUUGAGGGGUACUCUUAGGCUGUGUCCACACUACAUCAGAUAGGAUUACACCCAUGUCUCAAAAUAUCAUUACUCAAUAACACAUAUCAGACUUUAAAGCUAAAUACCAAUAAAUAUAUGUAAAAAUUGUAAUGUAAUUUUUGCAAUACCAGAUCAAAUAUAGGUCUCUGCCUGGCCCUACAUUUUAAAAUGUACUGUACAACAGUAUAACUGCCCCCAAUCCCAGACUUUAUGGACUAAUCCUUGAGCUUCAGAAUAAAAAAGAAUUUACAUUUUUGUCUGCCUUGAAGGAUAGAUAUGAACAGUAUUACCAAAACCCUGAUUACAAUCUGGAAUCUGUGACCCACUCAUGAACUGUAGCAAUGGCAGGAAUGAGAUGGAGAGAUGAGGGAGGGAGAGGAGAGGAGAGAUGAGGGAGGGAGAGGAGAGAGAGAUUGAGGAGGGAGGGAGGGAGGGAGGGAGAGGAGAGAUGAGGGGAGUAGAGGAUGAGGAGUAGCUUGAGUGAGGUAGUCAGGAUCUUUCUUCUCUUUCUCUUCUCUUUCCUCUUUCGCUUAGCUAGACACUGAGAGGAGAGGAGAGAUGAAUAGAGAGGAGAGAUGAUGAGGGGAGAGAAGGAGAGAUGAGGGGAGGAGUCUCAGUAAACUGUAUGUCAGUAUUAUACAGUUUUAUGCAAUCCUAUGUUAGAUGACAUGACUGAUUGCUUAGACUGAGAGAAAGAGAGAGAGUGAGUGAAGAGGGACUGAGCGAGAGUGAGAUGGCAAUGAGAAACAGACUAGAAACAGUAUUGUAGCGAUACAGAGCGGAAAGCUGAGUCAGAUUAUGGUUAUAUAACGAGAUACAACAUUUUGGGAGAGGGAGUGUGUGAGGACGAGGGCAGAGGGAGAGUGUGUGUGUGUGUGUGGUUGUCUCCAGUAGCUGGGCUGGCCAGAUGGGGAUAAAGUCACAUCCGUCCUCUGUCUACCAUGUCCCAUCAUCCUAACUAUCCCAUCCACUUCUGCUCUGCAAUGUAUUGUCUUGAUGUUUUUCUAUGAGAGAGGCUGUGUAUCCAUGUAACUUGAGUGGAAGUCUGGGUGUUUGCCAGUUAAGUGAUUGUGCCUCUCUCUGUUGGUACUGGACAUGUGCAUUCAUUGACAUAUAGUAGGCACAUGCUAAUGGUAGGGAGGUGAUAAUUAGCCCUAGCAUCCCCAUAACUCUCCCAGCAUGGAGUAUGGAGGUAGUGUACAGCCUUAUAGCUCACCCUCAUUAAAACAACAUGCAUCCAUACACUACUCUCUCUCUCCCCGCUCUCUCUACUGUAUGCUUCUGACUCCCAAGCAGUUUAUUGUCAGCAACAACGAUUUGUACUCUUUGGGUAACUUUAACAAACUGAGUGGAGACAAUGGCAGGAACUCCUAUUUGUUUGGCCCUUCAGUGUUGCAGAAAAUGCAUACUGUAUUACUAAAUUAGGCUAAAGGGGUGAAACUGUUUUUAAAAAAAAUGUAAGUGCACUUUCUCUUUGCCUUUUAUUCUUUAAGUGGUCAUAGCCAUAUAGGUUUAAUAUUUUAAGUGGUCAUAACCGUAUAUGGUUUAAUAUUUUAAGUGGUCAUAGCCGUAUAGGUUUAAUAUUUUAAGUGGUCAUAGCCGUAUAGGUUUAAUAUUUUAGGUGAGGUGAGGUGAGGUGUAGGAGUCAUUACAUUGUUAGACAAGGUAAAACAAGGACACUUAGCCUAUUUAUGUAGACUGCAGAGUGGAGAGUUCUUACAUCUAAUCUCAGUGUCCGUGAGAAAGUGGUUCUACAGCCGCUGUAUCAAGUUUGCUCGAUCAGCUGAUAUGUAUUUCAGGGACAUAUUUUUCCCUGUUUGCUUGAUUUUGUUUGGCAUACCGCAGAGUGCAUCCAAAUCUGAUAUACUGGAGAUUCUAGAACAAUAACCUUAGUUAACAAUUGUAAAGUUCCUGUUACAUUCCAGUUAUGGACCACUGAUUCACAAACCACACUGCAAUCAACACCCACAAUCUUCCACUAAGAUCUAACCUAAGAGGACCACCCAUCAAGUAUACUAGUCAUGGUGUUCAUUCAACGGCACUGAAGAUUACGACACAAUUCUGACGCUAACAGCCAAUCACUCGUCAGAAUGACACGUUUCUGACUGAAACAACCAAUCACGGGACACUCUGCCUGGGUAGUUGUGUUCCUCAUAAUGACAUCAUGAGUGUGUGGCCUCAGAGUACCUCAGCAUCAAGCUGUGCCUCAGAGAGCCCAGAGAGUCAUCAUGUGACGACGGACAGCUGCAGACAGUCAAAGUUCAAUCCAACCAGCGGCGGAUUAGAGAGACACCUUGGUGGCAAAUGUCCCCCUGGGAAUAAAUAAACAAGACUUCUUUCAUUUUCAGUUAGAGUAACAGCUUCUGACCCAAGAGACAGAUGAAGAGAGAGGAAAAGAGAGCGAGAGAGAGAGAGGGAGAGAGAGAGAGAGAGAGAAAGAGAGAGAGCAGAGAGGGAGAAGGAGAGUAGGGGUGCUGUAAAAUCAAAGAUUUACUCGUCUUGUCAUCUGUUUGGGUUUCUGUUGUAUUUUGUGUGUUUACUGUCGUAACACUGAGAGACAAUAGACGAUUAACAAGCUCCUCAAACAACAGCCUACUGCCUUCUGCCUAACCAGAGGCCUCUGUAGAGGUCUGAGAAGGUCCUGAUGGAGAGAGAGUAGAGAGAGAGAGAGAGAGAGAGAGAGAGGAAGAGGGUAAGGAGAUUGAGAGAGACAAGGAGAGAAGAUCGAAAGGAAGAGAGGAGGAGAGAGAGAGGAUAUAGGUAGGAGAGAUGCGAGAGAGAGAGGAUAGAGGUAGGAUAGCAGGAUAGAGAGAUCCUGGAGAGUAUAUUUAUAUAUCGAGAGCGAGAGAGAGACCUAUAUAGUUGCAUCUCUUCUCUCCUAUCUCUACGCUCAUAGUUCUUCUUCCACCCUCUAGCUAAUCCCUAUCUCUAUGAGCAUAUAUCAUGUCCAAGUCUGGAAUAGAUCUCAAUCUACUGGAGCAUACACAUCCCAGUCCUUUCCAUCUGUAAUAAAGAUUGAGGACUGUGAGUCUGGAGAGGAGAGAUAGAGAGAGAUGUCAAAGAUCACCACUGAGCUGCUGAGCCGUUAGCUCAACUCUCAGCUUAUACUAUGCUGAUACUGUAAACUCCCUAGGAAUAGAUAUAGAAGGAGCACAAGACAAUAGAUUCACCAUGUUUUUUAUGUUGCCUGAAAUAAUUAGAGAAAGAGGAAAGAAAGAAGGGGACAAGAAACAGAGAGCAAGAGUGGAGAAGAGUAAACACACAAGAGCCAAGAUGAGAAAGAGAGACAGAUAGACAGAGAGAAACAGAUAGAGAGAAACCAAGAGAGCGAGAGAGAGCAGAUGAUCUCCAAAGAGAGAAAAUUAGAUAUUGAUUCACAUAAAUAUUUCUUUGAGGCAGGCAUCACUUCAGAAGAGCAGAUGAGAUGAACACUCAGCCGACCUUAACAGUUUAGAUUCCUUCAAUAGAAGAAAGCACACCAUGGGGCUGGAGUGGCUUUACAAACACAAUGAGCCCCAGAGUACUAGCUAACUUCAGUAGAAAUGUAGCUAGUGUCUGAUUUCUCUACUUCACUCAUCCACUUCUGCUCAAGAGAAGAACUGGAGAUGAAACCUGAUGCUUAAGUGCAAUGUUGAGAAGGAAAAAUAAGUUUAAAUUCAAAGUGCCCCUCUUUCCCGUAUUUUAGGCGUGACUAAGGUGAAGAGGGUAUGGAGAUUGGCCAAGCCAGACUGAGGCUUCGUCCCAAAUUAAACCCUAUUCCCUAUAUAGUGCACUACUUUUGACCAGAGCACUUUGGGCCUUGAUCAAAAGUAGUACACUAAAUAGGGAGUAGGGUGCCAUUGGAGAUGCAGAUUGCUGGUGCUCUUGUGACGCAGUCAGCUGUGUAUAAUCCUUAAUUAGAAAGAAAAUUCCAGGGACAGGAAAUCAGGAAAUCCUCUAGUUCUUCUCUCAACACCUGGCUAUAGCAGUCCAAACAGCAGGAGAGGACUCAGCUGCAUCUCUGGCUGCCUCCCAAAUGGCACCCUAUUUCCUUUGUAGUGCACUACUUUUGACCAGGGCCCAUGGGGCAUAGAGUGCCAUUUGGGAUGCACACUCUCUCUCAGAGUCCCUUUUUAUACUUCACUUUUCGGUAGUACGACUUGGUAUGGGUGGUGUGUUGCUGUAUGCUAUGGUACAUUAUAAUAUGUUACAAUAUGGAAUGUGUGUGUUAAUGUGCUAUUUAUGGUUUAAUUAAAGAAUGUAUGGUAUCUCUGAAAUACCAAGGCUAUGUUAUGAUAUACGGGGUCACAGUAUGUGUGGCCUAACCCCUACCAUCCUCUAUCCUCUUCCCCUGCCACAGCAUAAAGAACGUCACACCCAAGGUGGGCGCGGAGGAGACCCAUGACGCCAUCCGGCGGGCGUUCGAUGUGUGGCAGAACGUGACGCCGCUCCGCUUCGAGGCCGUCCCCUACAGCGACCUGGAGAGGACCAAGAAGGACGUGGACAUCACCAUCAUCUUUGCCUCGGGUUUCCACGGCGACAGUUCGCCCUUCGACGGCGAGGGGGGCUUCCUGGCCCACGCCUACUUCCCGGGCCCCGGAAUCGGUGGGGACACCCACUUUGACUCAGACGAACCCUGGACCCUGGGCAACCCCAACCACGAU